AUGCUGCUUAAUAAAGAAUUUUAUCUUUAUUUUCCAGAGGGUAAUUAUGUUGCAUAAGCAUUAGAGCAUGAAAUAUUGAUAAAGUUCAAGAAGUACGAAAUAAGGAAGUUCUUUGAUGGUCAAAUUCAAUUCACUCAAAAUGAAAUGCAAUCGAUCCAAUAAUUUAAGCAAAAAUAUUAAGUGCAAAAGGAGGAUUCCUUCAUUUUAAGAAUGCUGUACGCAACCAAAUUUAAGUUUGAAAAAUGCUUGGAAGCAAUUAAAAAUUAUGAUGAAUGGAGAUAGAGUCUAGAUCCUAAAGUGAAUCCUAUAUUAUUGGUAUUAUUUAAAAUCAUUCCUUAGAAAUAAGGAGUGAUCUAUAUGCAUGGAAGAGACAACAGAUUUCGUCCAAUUCUCGUUGUAAAUGCUCAGAAAGUUGCAGGAGUUAAAGACUUGGAUCUCCUACUCUAAUCAAUGACCUUAUUUCUUGAUUAUGUCUUAUAUAAUUGUAUGUUGCCUGGUCAAAUUGAAAGUUGGUAAUAUAUACAACUAUUUAGGAUUGUCAUAAUGGAUUUAGGAGGACUUGGCAUAAUGGGGUUGCCAAAACAAGAUCUUUAUAGGAUCAUGAAUUAUCUAUCCAGUAAUUACAGAUCGAGAAUGCACAAAUGCUAUGUCAUUAAUUGCAACAAAACCCUCAGUAUCACUUGGGCUAUGAUUAAAACAUUCCUAGAAGAUAUCACUGUAAAUCUAUAAACUGAGAUUCUUAGGUCAAUAAAAUACUCUUUGAGAGUUGUCCUAUCUCACUAUUGUAAUAUGCGAAUCCAUCCCAAUUAGAGAAGAAGUACGGAGGAAUUGCCAAUGACAAGUCGGAUAAUUUUUGGUAAUUUGUAUUAUAUAAUUGUAGGCCCCCUCAAGAAAUCAGUCCCAAUUAUCAGAUAGCUGUAGACUAAAUCAAAUUGAUAGAUUCAUUAACAUAUGUUGAACUAUUUAAAUAGGGGAAAUUGAUUAAGAAUCUAGUUUGCCAAGAAUUAAUCAAGCUCUAGUAACUUUAAUAAAAUAGCGAACAAAUCAAACAACAACAAAAGUCUGAAGAUGACUUUCAAUCUUGCGAAGAAGACAAUGAUUUAUGAUGAUGUACC